AUGGCGAUGAUGAUGACUGGCCGUGUGCUGCUGGUGUGUGCCCUCUGCGUGCUGUGGUGCGGUGCCGGCGGUGGUAGAUGUGACGAGGAGAUCGCGAAGGAUCCUGUUGGUGCAAACGAUACUCCUGGGAAUUUUGGUGAAGAUGAAACGGAAAAAGCAGAACCUGCGGCGCUGGGACACGGAGACUUAGGUUUAAAACCAGAACCACCAAAAGAAGUAUCACAAGGCGGACCCUCAGAAAAACCUUUGGGAGGAACAGGUGGAGAUGAUGUGGAGAAUGACGAAGGUGUUUUGAGUUCUGGAAGGGGGGAUGAAUUUAAAUCGCCUUCACCAGAAGAAGAACCCCCAGAAACCGAUGAUCCGGGAAAAAGCAGAGAAGAAGAAGAAGUGGAAUUGCGACAACGAAGAAAUGAAGAAAAAAAACUAGAAAAUCAGCCACAACUGCAAGUACCAGUGGCACAAGAGGAGCAUGGCACACUGCCACUAUCGUUGCCACACACGCAAUCACAACAAUCACACCAAACUACACAACAGCAACAACCACAGCCACAAAUACUACAACAAGAAGGAGGCCUGCCGCAUGAAAAAGGAUCCGAAAAAGGAACGCAAGAACUCGAUAAAUUAAAAGAAGAUACUCAACAUACAGAACUGCAAAAUAAAGUAAAAGAAGAAAAAACGACGCAAGAACUAAAAAAUGAAAAAAAAGGAAGAGAACAUCAGCCACAAUUGCAAGUACCAGUCGAACAACAGGAACAGAGCGCACUAACACAACCGCCACAAUCAAUGCAACAGCCGUCACCACCGCAAGAACAAACACGGCAACAAAAACAGCAACCGCCUCAUGAGCAUCCCGCAGACAAUGAACAAGAAUCCAAGAAGGAUAAAAAUGCCGUUUUUGCAAAUAAAACCGAAAAUGCACAAGACAGUGACGGCAGCACCGCGGUCACCCACACCACCUCCCCUCUUUUGCUUCUUCUUCUUCUUGUUGCGGCUGCUGCUGCGUUGGUGGCCGCGUGA